AUGAGUGAUGAUAGAAGCAGCAGGAUCAGCAGCAGCAGCAGCAGUCUUAUUGAUCUGAAUGGACAAUUGAUAAGAUCUCAACAAGCUCAGAAGAAGAGGUUUCUACCCCUCUUAGUAGCUGGUAUCGCUAUAGCUGCUAGGAACUCACAAAAUCGUAGUAAGAAAAAGGAAGCCAAGAAAAGUGUGAUGAAUAAUAAUAAUAAGAGUACUGGUGAUAAGACUAUUGAUGAGAUGAUUAAAUGGGUUAAGGAUGUUAUGUCUGAAUAUUCAAAAGGAGAUGGACAACGGAAGUCCAUUGAUAAUGUUAUGAGAAGUGCGAAUAGUGGAGCUGUUAGGAGUACUGGUGGUCAAGAAUUCCAACUUGCCAGAGCAGCACAGGGAAGGUUUAAGGAUAGAUUCCCUCGUUAUAUUAAAGCUGUUCUUGAAUAG